CAGUGCGGGAGGCGGUGCGGGAGUUAUGUCUCGGGACCGCUUCGGGUUCCUGAGCACUGGGGAACUGCGGCAACUGCUCGGGAACGAUCACCGACUGCGACUCAUGGCGCAGCUCAGCGACCAGGCUCAGAGACUGCAGCUGAAGCAGGAGGCAACGGUGACAGGGAACAAGGACCUGGCAGAGGCCAACCUCAGUCUGAAACCGCGGCUGGAGGCCGGCAAGCUCCAGCUCACCAGGAAAUACCAGCAGCUGCUGGAGGCCACCGUGGCCUGUGACUACAAACAGCAGAAACUGGCUGUGCAGCUGGAAAGACUGAGCCCCAGCACUGCUCUAGAGCAUCUGCAGAGAGCGACAGACCAGGCAGAGCAGGAAUCGGAGGAGCUGACAGAGAGGUUCCUGAGGGGCAGUGUGUCUUUGGAGAUCUUCCUGGAGAAGUUCCAAGGCUUGCGGACACUUUGUCACAUCAGAAGAACCCAGGGGGACAAGUUACAGGAGCUGAUCAGGAGGGACCAGAGGCUGGAGCAACCACCACAGGUCCCCAGCCGGGGCCCUCACGCCGGGCCCCCAGUC